UGUAAGAAAAACAAAAAUGAAUACUGAAAAAAUUCAGAAAAAAGAAAAACACCAUCAACAACACCUUCUAGUCCCUUUUUCAAUUGGAAAGCUUUAUAUUGGCCCGAAAUUGUUAAAGAAUGAGUUGGAAGAUGAAAAGGAUUUGAAAAUGCAUUUUUCAAUUAAAUUGGAUGAAGGAAUGGCUAGAGGAAAUUUUUGGAUUGAAACGAAGGGAAAGAAUAAUGUAGAAGAGAUUUUGAUGUUUGGAGAAGAUUUGCUUUUUAUAAAGCUGGAUGUUGGAGAAAUUGAUAUGAUUGAAAUGAAAAUUAAUAAUAAUUUUGAUUCGGAUAACAAAGACAUUGAAGUUGUAAUAAGUUCAAUUGCUUGCCGACUGCCGGGUAACAUCAGCUCUCCAGAUCAGUUUUGGGCAUUACUCAAGGAGGGUAGAUCUACUAAUCAACGAAUACCAGCCACUCGAAUAGCUGAAAGGAAUUUCCUUAUUCGAGGGGAAUUUAAUGGAGGAAAUGUUCCAGUUGAGGGUGGCCAUUUUCUUAAUUUUGAUUUGGCCCGUUUCGAUGCCAAUUUCUUCGGCCUCUCAGCCCUGGAAGCAGCGGCAUUAGACCCUCAACAACGCCUUUUGCUAGAAUGUGCCUGGGAAUGUGUAGAACAGGCAGGCUGUAAUUCCCCAAAGGACUUGGAACAAUGUGGAGUUUUUAUUGGAUUUAUGAGUAAUGAAUACCCAGAUUUAUCUGAACAACAAGGCAACGCGCUUCAAAUGUUGGGAACGUCGGCAUCCGCAUUUUCUGGACGUUUGGCCCAUUUUUUGGAUUGCAGGCAAUUUUUUGGAGAAUUUCUUCAAAUUUUCUUCAAAUUCUAG